GUCGGUUACUCGCAGGGCUGGAGGUGGGGGCUUGGCUCCUACUGGGCUCGUGCGUUCUGCGUCCGCUGGCUCCUGAUUGUCCUUUGCGGCUGCCGCUGUCGCCGUCUCCUUGCCUCCGAGCCAGGGGCUGCAGGGGCCAGAGUGAGCGUGCCUCCCGCGGGGCACCGCACCCCAGAGCAGAAACGGCCUGCGCGAUAUAUAGUUCUCCGUAGACAGCGUGGCUGCAGGCCGUGGAGCUGGAAUUCCCUGUGGCUUUCUGAGCAGAGAGAGUGGAGUGCGGAGUCCAGCCUGCAUCAUGCCAGCUUUGUCAACAGGACCUGGUAGUGACACAGGUCUGUAUGAGCUGCUGGCUGCUCUGCCAGCCCAGCUGCAGCCACAUGUGGAUAGCCAGGAAGACCUGACCUUCCUCUGGGAUAUGUUUGGUGAAAAAAGCCUGCAUUCACUGGUAAAGAUUCAUGAAAAACUACACUAUUAUGAAAAGCAGAACCCGGUGCCCAUCCUCCAUGGCGCGGCAGCCUUGGCUGAUGAUCUGGCUGAAGAGCUUCAGAACAAGCCAUUAAACAGUGAGAUCAGAGAGCUGUUGAAACUACUGUCAAAACCCAAUGUGAAGGCUUUGCUCUCAGUACACGAUACUGUGGCUCAGAAGAAUUAUGAUCCUGUAUUGCCCCCUAUGCCUGAUGAUAUUGACGAUGAGGAAGACUCAGUAAAGAUCAUCCGUCUGGUCAAAAAUAGAGAACCACUGGGAGCCACCAUUAAGAAAGAUGAGCAGACUGGGGCAAUCAUUGUGGCUAGAAUUAUGAGAGGAGGGGCUGCAGACAGAAGUGAAACCCCUAAACUCAAAAGUUAUGCAAAACUCAUUGCUCAGUCUCAGGGAGCAAUUACCUUUAAGAUCAUACCCAGCAUCAAAGAGGAGACACCAUCUAAAGAAGGCAAGAUAUUUAUCAAAGCCCUCUUUGACUAUGACCCUAAUGAGGAUAAAGCAAUUCCAUGUAGAGAAGCUGGGCUUUCUUUCCAAAAGGGAGAUAUUCUUCAGAUUAUGAGCCAAGAUGAUGCAACAUGGUGGCAAGCGAAGCAUGAAGGUGAUUCCAAUCCCAGAGCGGGCUUGAUUCCUUCAAAACACUUCCAGGAAAGGAGAUUGGCUCUGAGACGACCAGAAAUAAUAGUUCAGCCCCUGAAAGUUUCCAACAGGAAAUCAUCUGGUUUUAGAAGAAGUUUCCGUCUUAGUAGAAAAGAUAAGAAAACAAAUAAAUCCAUGUACGAAUGCAAGAAGAGUGAUCAGUAUGAUACAGCUGAUGUACCCACAUACGAGGAAGUGACACCCUAUCGGCGACAAAGUAACGAGAAAUAUAGACUUGUUGUGUUGGUUGGUCCUGUAGGAGUAGGUUUGAAUGAACUGAAACGGAAGCUGCUGAUCAGUGACACACAACACUAUGGUGUGACAGUGCCCCAUACUACCAGAGCAAGAAGAAGCCAGGAGAGUGAUGGUGUUGAAUAUAUUUUCAUUUCCAAACAUUUGUUUGAGACAGAUGUACAAAAUAACAAGUUUAUUGAAUAUGGUGAAUAUAAAAACAACUACUACGGCACAAGUAUAGACUCAGUUCGGUCUGUCCUAGCUAAAAACAAAGUUUGCUUGUUGGAUGUUCAGCCUCAUACAGUGAAGCAUUUAAGGACACUUGAAUUUAAGCCCUAUGUGAUAUUUAUAAAGCCUCCAUCAAUAGAGCGUUUGAGGGAAACAAGAAAAAAUGCAAAGAUUAUUUCAAGCAGAGAUGACCAAGGUGCUGCAAAGCCCUUUACAGAAGAAGACUUUCAAGAAAUGAUUAAAUCAGCACAGGUAAUGGAAAGCCAGUACGGUCAUCUCUUUGACAAAAUUAUAGUAAAUGAUGAUCUCACCGUGGCAUUCAAAGAGCUAAAAGCAACUUUUGACAAACUAGAGACAGAGACUCACUGGGUCCCUGUGAGCUGGUUGCAUUCAUAACUAAGGGGAAUUUCCAUAAUCAUCUUUUUUGAUAGAGGGUAUGAUUAAAUCAGUUACCAUUUUGGUGGUAGGGUUUUUAAAAUCUAUAUCACUGUCGUAGAUGUGCAAUCUUGGUUACAAUUGAGUGUUGGUUUGUUUGCAUCUUUUUAUAUAGCCUUAUUUCAAACACAAUGUUUAAGUUAAGAUCCAAAAUUGAAACUUACACAGUAUAGUGUAUUCUGAGCAAAGCUUUGAACUUUCUGGAUGUCUUCAAUAUUUAGCUCUAUCUCCAAGAUGAGGUUGAACUUUUUAGAGACGCAUACUUAGAGAAUAUAUAUUAGAGUUCAGUGCUUCAGCUGGUCUCAGGCAUGGUCACUGCCAUCAAGUCUGAAUGUUAGCAGUUGAAAGUAUUGUAUUAACUCAGCAGCCUUGAGCAGCUGCUGACAGGACAGCUGUGCUGUUUUUUUGGGGUGGAUCAUCAUAGAUUCACCUUGGCUGCCAGUAAGGAGUCCUCUUUCCAUUCUAAAAGUGCAACCUUUUUCUUAUGUGUAUAUACAAUACAGUAAUUCCUCAGUUAACAUCAUUGUUGAAAAGUGGGUAUUUAAUGAUGCAUAAUGAAACCAGUGUUACUAUAAACUCAUUGGUAUAAACAAGAGUUAAGUUCCUAUGGCAUCCCAUCAGUGUUACAACGAAACUUACAUUGAUCAAAAUGACAUCAUGCAAGGACCUGCUGCAUGUUCACAGCGUGUGCAUUUAAGAAUCUUCUUAAAGGAAUUACUGAAAACUUGCCUUAUUGAGUGGCCUUCGCAUUAUAGCUUAAGAAGGCCUUUAUGAGUACAUAUCUGUGACUCAACAAAUAUUUAAUAAGGGAAGAUAGACUUAAAAUUAUAUAUGUUACUAAAAACUUUUCCUUACGGCAUUAAUCUUAGAAUGGUGAUAUCUUGGGGUAAGAAAUGAAGAAAUGAUUACCAAGGACAUUUUUAUCUGUAUAUCCUCAUACAACAUUUCUGGAGUUACCAAAAAGGUUUUUUUUUUUUUAGCUGGCUUUGGAUUUUCCCAACAAAUUAUAAGAAUCUGAUACCUAUUCUAAAAGUAGAGGUUUUAUAUGUUACUGAUACAGUUAAAGAAAAAAUUUUAAAUAUGCACAAUUAAUCACCAUAUUCUUAAAUUGCACUAAGAUGUAUUUUAGAAAAAUUUCAUGUAAUGUUAACUUAUUUCUUCAUCAUCAAAAUAAUCUUAACACUGGCCAGAUACCAUCCUAAUCUUGCUAUUUUUAAAGAAGUUUAAGAAAAAUUCUUCUAAUGUAAAUAUUUAGAUGGGAUCUGUCAUUUUUCUUUGAUACUACUGAUCUUCAGCAAGUAAAUUACAUAGUUCAAAAUACUAUAAAUGUCCCUAAGUUACAUCAGAGAACAUGUCCUGCCGUUCCUGCAUGCAGUAAGAUCCUGCCAAUCAAAAACUGUUGCAUCUGUGACUUUCAAACAACAAAAAAAAUAUUUUUUGUUGGUUUGUAAAGAGAGUUUAGAUGUCAUGUUUAAAGAAAAAAUAGAAUGUAGUGAAAUUUUAUAUAUUUAUGAACUAUUUGAAAGGCAUA